AGUGCAAUUUAAUCAAGCAACUAGCUCAAUGUCUCUUUCGUUGACUUCUGGUUCGAUUGUUAUCUGCUCCGAGCAUCGUCUCCGUCAAUCUCCGUCGUAUUUGAGAACCUCUUCUUCGCGGCCACUUUCCCUCUCUUCCUGUAGUAAGCAGCUUUCUCUCCACCAGUUUUCUCAGAUCUCACGUCAGAUCAAAGUCGCCGCGAGAGGCGCCAUGGAGACGACGGCGGAGACAGUUUCCGGCGGUGUUCCCAACAAUACAAUGAAGCUAUUGUUCGUUGAGAUGGGUGUGGGUUACGAUCAGCACGGGCAAGACGUGACAUCGGCGGCUAUGAAGGCUUGUAAGAAUGCAAUUUCGUCGAAUUCGAUUCCUGCAUUUAGAAGAGGUUCGAUUCCUGGAGUUUCAUUUGGAGAAAUGAAGUUGCAGAUUAAGCUUGGAGUGCCUCAUUCUCUUCACCAACAGCUGGAUUUGGAGAAGGUUAAGUCUAUCUUCCCAUAUGGGAAGAUUGUUAAUGUAGAAGUGGUGGAUGGAGGACUGAUUUGCUCAAGUGGCGUUCUAGUUGAAGAAAUGGGUGAUAAAAAUGAAGAUUGCUACAUUAGAAAAAUGAAAGGGAAUAAGAAGAUUAGUUCGAUUUUCGAGAAUCGCCAUGUAUCUGCGUCUCAGGAGGUUUAUCUACAGCGAUGCGGCUUCGCCGUACCAGGUCAACCACCUCCAGAUUCCGAUCCCUCCGUCGGAGUCUCGCCACCACCGUUAAAUGACGAAAUUGCAUCUCAGCGUUCGUCCGAUGAUUCGGAGACGGAUAGUGUAAUCGGUUCGGGUCACGAUGCGGUGGAGAGUCAGGCGAUUAGGUUAGUCUCUCCGGAGGAAAGCGUGGACACCGUUGAUUUAGAGGAAGAUGUUGCAGAUCGGACGGUUGAGGUUUUGGCGGAGGAUAAGCAGAGUGAUGUUCCUCUGGAAUCAGAGAAUCGUAGAGAUGAGAGGUUGGAAUCUGCAGCGAAGGAAGAUAGAGGAAAGAAACUUAAGAUUCCUUUGAGAGAUGUUGUAAAAGCCAUUGUUAUGAAUUCGAAGAACACAGAGGAAGAAGAAGAAGCAGACAAAGAAAUUAAGAAGAUGAGCUGUGUUCAAAUCCUCUUGCAAAAGGGAUUCAAAUUUUAAGGUGAUUUCAAUUGAAAUUUCAAGUGUGUUUGUGUUAUCUAGGGUUCUUCAAUGUCAGUUUUUCUGUGUGAGUAGAAGUCAUGAUCUUACUCUUGUGGUUCUUGACGAAUAUGUGAAUGUAAAUGGUGUUGUUUCUUGUAACAAUUUGAAUAUCAAAUCAGAGAAAAGUGUCGUAAUCGCUAUUCGCUUUGCGUUGUUUUGCUCUUCAAUCAGAUUAAGCAAAGAGUUACCAAAUCAAUGUGUUAUUUAUAC